AUGACUUCAACCACUCUGCCCAUCUUUCGCAAAGGCGCUACGGCUCUCAUAACGGGCGUCGCCUCAGGGAUUGGCCUCGCAACUGCCCAACGAUGCCACUCGCACGGGAUGAACCUGGUGCUCCUUGACCGCAACGCAACCGCACUCUCGCAAGUCACCGAGCACCUCACACCGCAAAACUCGAACAAUAUUACAACUCAUGUAAUCGACGUUUCCUCCAUGACGGAAUGGCAAAAGCUAGCGCCGAAGGUCAAAUCCUCGCACCCCGAAGGCAUCGACUUCCUCAUGCUCAACGUCGGAGCCGGGUUCACGCCGAAAGACGGGAAAGGAUUCUGGGAGGAUGCAGAGUACUUUGAGAAGACAUUCGCUGUCAACACACUCGGGUACACAAAUGGUCUCGCUGCGUUCUUGGAUAGCGUGACUGCAGGCGCGGACAAGAAGGUCCGGCGAGCAAUUGUCUUGACCGGGUCGAAGCAGGGAAUUACCAAUCCGCCGAGCAACCCGGCCUACAACGCUUCCAAGGCGGCUGUGCGGACCAUCGCCGAGCAUUUGUCUUUUGAUCUGGCUAAGGUGGCGCCAAAGGUUAGCGUUCAUUUGCUGAUUCCGGGGCGGACGUACACGGGCUUUCAUACUGGGGCGUUUCGGGAGAAGCCUGAUGGGGCGUGGACGUCGGAGCAGGUGGUCGACUUUAUGGUUCGGAAGAUGGUGGAGGAUAAAUUCUACAUUCUCUGCCCGGAUAAUGAGGUUGGCGAAGACCUGGACAGGAAGCGUAUUCUUUGGGCGACGGGGGAUCUCAUUGAGGGACGGCCGCCACUGACGCGGUGGAGGGAGGAUUGGAAGGAGAAGGCAAAGGCUGGAGUUGAGAACAUGUCGCUUUGA